UUUGGUUUGUUUCACUUUCUUUUUCCUCGCAAGUUAUCUUCAUCACUCAACAAAAGAGACCUCAAACCUGAUAAUCAAUUCAAUUCAAUUCAAUUCAAUUCAAUUCUUCCCCACCCACUAAUCCUUCACCAAAAAUCAAUCAAAAUCUCAACAAUAAUUUAUGGGUUCAAUUUUAAUUUGAGUCAACCAUAUUAGAAAUCUUACUUUGAUACUUAGAUUUGGAAUUAAAGAUUUUGGGAAAAGACAACAUGAAUUACAGAAGCCUGGAAGAUUUUUGGAGCUUCUAUGUAAGUCAACAUUCAAAAGCAUCAACUCGUCGUUGGCAUUUCAUUGGUACGAUAAUUUCUAUCUUCUUUAUAAUCAUUGCAGUUCUCUUCAAAUGGUGGUUGAUUUUGUUUGCGCCUGUUUUUGGGUAUGGAUUGGCUUGGUAUAGUCAUUUCUUUAUUGAAGGGAACACCCCAGAGACAUUUAGACAUCCGUUUUGGUCUCUUUUAUGUGAUUUCAAGAUGUUUGGUUUGAUGCUUACUGGUCAGAUGGAUAAAGAAAUCAAAAGGCUUGGAAAAAGACCUGUGUUGCAGGUCUUCUGAUCAAUCCAACUUGUUAUUCAUGUAAUUGUUUGUCAAUGUUUCAACUGGUAGUUGUGUUGUACAUACAACAUGGUCACUGGAACUCUACAAGACUUUGCAGAACUCUCCAGAGUCUCCACAACACGGUAUUAGUCUUAUUUCUCCACCAUACAUAUAGGCGCUUUAGUUUUAUCUUGUUGAUGUUUGUAUUGAGUAAUCCAUGUACUUCAAUUUGUGAAUCAUGAAUAUAUGGAUGGAAUGUCAGAUCAUGAUGUGAUGUUUUGAUGUAGUUGUCUGUGGAAUUGAAGUAGUAAAGAACUUUCCCAAGUUCCAUUGUUAUAUUCGAGUUAGAAAGCUAGUCUUGUUCUGGUGCGGCCAUUGGUUGUAAGGAACUUGUAUGAUGAUAUUUCACUCUUGCGCUCCUCUGGCCAAUAUACAUUCACAGCAUAGAUGGUUCGAGGAUCUAAGGAUGUUUCUUCCGGUGCUAAGAGCUGCGUGCCCAUGCUGAAGCAUGCCUCUUCCUAUUGGAAGUAAGCCGAAAUUGAGGUGCUGCCAAGUUUAAGUUGAAGUCUUUGUAUAAAUGAACUAUACUAGCUGACAAGCAAUGAAGCAAUUGCAGUUGGUCAUUGGCUCAUUUUGUUUCUGCAAAAAAUUCACUUUGAGAAAUUUAGAGAAUUUCAUUGCUGUAUUAGCAACUGCAUAAAAAUAUAUACAUGUUUGGUUACUUUGGUGUCUCA